AUGGGUCAAGGACGUCGCAUGAAGAGAAAGCAGGGCAUGCCCGAAGCCCUAUCCGAGGAACACUUUGCCAACCUCAAGAGAAAAGCAGGCCUGCCCGUUGAGCCGCCGGUCGAGAAAGCCUCGCUGAGCAACAAGAAGCGCAAGACGGCCAAAGGCGCUGCCGCCGUGAAGAAGCCGGAGCCCGCAUCCAAGAAGGCGAGCGCGAAGAGCAAUGGAAAGGCAAAGAAGCUGCCGGAGCCUGAAGAGGAUUCCGACGAGGAGAUGGAUGACGAGUUUGACCUAGAUCAGCUUGAGGGCGAUGGGUCCUCAGACGAAGAUGCCUCUUCGGGAGGAAAGAAGAAGAAUAUCUGGUCUGAUGAUGAGGAAGACGAUGAUGCGGAAGAGGACGACUCAGUCUUUGACUCGGACGACCAGGAAGAUGGUGGGAAGAAGGGCAAAUUUGUCUUCUCCGAUGACGAAGACGAAUCUGACGCUGAGGAAAAACUCACUGCCGCCAAUAUUGCUGGCCUGUCGCGAAAAUUAGAUGAGAAGCUGGCUGAGGAUAAGGCUAUCACCGAAACGGAACUGCAAGAGUCUGCCAUGCAGACAAACAUUGAUGGGCCCAAGAUCUUUGGCGAGGGCUAUGAGGAUGACGACGACGAGGAUGACUUGGAGAAGAAGAGCAAGUCUUUGUUGGCGCCAGAUUUGCAGCUCCUGAGACAGAGGAUAACGGAUACGAUACGAGUUCUGGAUGACUUUGCCAACCUGGCUGAGGAGGGGAGAUCCAGAGCAGAGUAUACCGCUCAGCUGCUCAAGGAUAUCUGUGGUUAUUACGGCUACAGCCUUUACCUGGCCGAGAAGCUCUUCAACCUGUUCACCCCGCGAGAGGCCUUUGCCUUCUUCGAAGCCAACGAGAUGGCCCGUCCCGUCGUUAUCCGAACAAAUACCCUCCGAACACACCGAAGAGAUCUUGCUCAGGCGCUCAUCAACCGUGGCGUUACGCUCGAGCCUGUCGGCAAGUGGAGCAAGGUCGGUCUGCAGAUUUUUGAGGCGAAUGUACCCCUGGGUGCUACGCCUGAGUAUCUUGCUGGCCACUAUAUUAUCCAGGCGGCUGCCUCUUUCUUGCCCGUCAUGGCGCUUUCACCGCAACCAAAUGAGCGAGUUCUUGAUAUGGCCUCUGCCCCCGGUGGAAAGACAACCUACUGUUCAGCCAUGAUGAACAACACUGGCAUUGUCUUCGCCAACGAUCCCAACAAGGAGCGUGCCAAGGGUUUGAUUGGUAACGUUGCUCGUUUGGGCGUUCGUAACGUUAUCGUCUGCAGCUACGACGGUCGCGAGUUCCCCAGAGUCAUGGGAGGCUUUGACAGAGUACUUCUUGAUGCUCCUUGCUCUGGAACCGGCGUUAUCUCCAAGGAUCCCAGCGUCAAGACUAACAAGGAUGAGAAAGACUUCAUCUCACUGCCGCACAUGCAGAAGCAGCUGUUGCUGUCGGCUAUCGAUUCAGUCAACCAUGCUAGUGAGACGGGUGGAUUCCUCGUCUACUCUACAUGCAGUGUCACUGUCGAGGAAAACGAGAGUGUCGUCGCCUAUGCGCUGUCCCGUCGUCCCAACGUGAAGCUUGUCGACGCCGGCAUUCCCUUUGGCAAGGAGGGCUUCACCAGCUACAUGGGCAAGAAGUUCCACCCGAGCCUCAAGCUGACGCGCCGCUUCUACCCGCACGCCCACAACAUUGACGGCUUCUACGUCGCAAAGUUCCAAAAGGUUGGACCUACGCCGCCCAACGCCAUUGGCGCCGCCGGCAAGAAGGUCAGCGCGGCUGCUGAUGCCGAUGAGGAGGUCGUUGACAGGACGCCCAUCACGACUGACGACGAUACUGAGGUUGAGGAGAAGAAGGCUGGUAAGAAGGCUAAGGCUAAGGAGACUGGAAAGGGCGACUUUAGCGCUUUCGACGAUGAUGAGGAUGUCAAAUACAUGGAGAAGGCUAAGAAGAACGCCAUGAGGAGGAGAGGCUUGGAUCCCAAGUCUUUGAACAAGCCGAAGACGCAGGAGAAGAAGCCCAAGGCUCAAGAGAAG